AUGCCGUCCAACGAAGGUCCGAACAUCCCUCAAGCUAUCCCGAGAGUUCUUGUCAUCGGAGGCUCUUACGCUGGACUUGCAGCUACAGUGAACCUCGUAGAUCUGUGCAAUGGAAAGCAGCCUCGGUUCACUGCUGCAUCUCCUGAGGAAGGAUCUCUCAAGACAAAGCUGCCUGUUGAUAUCACAAUCGUUGACGAGCGUGAUGGCUACUGUGAGUAA